AGUAGAUCGAGCGAGCCACCCACAGUGGAGGUGGGGGGGAUUGUAUUAAUGGCGGCGGAUGGAGUCGGAUAAUGGGCCCUUACUUCGAGAUCCGAUAGUUUGUUCCCGGUCACCUCAUUCGCGGUGAUGGAGUCUCUUGCCAGCCGCUCCGAGGAUGAGGAUUCCUCCGCCGGACAUAACCGGAGCCUGUCCCAGGGGUCUGGCCUCGUCCCCAAAAGGAGGAGCUCCUCCAGGUGACGGACUGACCGCACUGUGUACCGGGAUAACCCGGGUUUAUACUGUGUUACUGACCGCACUGUGUACCGGGAUAUCCCGGGUUUAUACUGUGUUACUGACCGCACUGUGUACCGCGAUAACCCGGGUUUAUACUGUUACUGACCGCACUGUGUACCGGGAUAACCCGGGUUUAUACUGAGUGCACUGUGUACCGUGAUAACCCGCGUUUAUACUGUGUUACUGACCGCACUGUGUACCGGGAUAACCCGGGUUUAUACUGUGUUACUGACCGCCGGGAUAACCCGGGUUUAUACUGUGUUACUGAUUGCACUGUGUACCGGGAUAACCCGGGUUUAUACUGUGUUACUGACCGCACUGUGUAGCAUAACCCGCGUGUGUUACUGAUUGCACUGUGUACCGGGAUAACCCGCGUUUAUACUGUGUUACUGAUUGCACUGUGUACCGGGAUAACCCGGGUUUAUACUGUGUUACUGAUUGCACUGUGUACCGGGAUAACCCGGGUUUAUACUGUGUUACUGAUUGCACUGUGUACCGGGAUAACCCGGGUUUAUACUGUGUUACUGAUUGCACUGUGUACCGGGAUAACCCGGGUUUAUACUGUGUUACUGAUUGCACUGUGUACCGGGAUAGCCCGGGUUUAUACUGUGUUACUGAUUGCACUGUGUACCGGGAUAACCCGGGUUUAUACUGUGUUACUGAUUGCACUGUGUACCGGGAUAACCCGGGUUUAUACUGUGUACCGGGAUAACCCGCGUUUAUACUGUGUUACUGACUGCACUGUGUACCGGGAUAAUCCGGGUUUAUACUGUGUACCGGGAUAACCCGGGUUUAUACUGUGUACCGGGAUAACCCGCGUUUAUACUGUGUUACUGACUGCACUGUGUACCGGGAUAACCCGGGUUUAUACUGUGUACCGGGAUAACCCGCGUUUAUACUGUGUUACUGACUGCACUGUGUACCGGGAUAACCCGGGUUUAUACUGUGUUACUGACUGCACUGUGUACCGGGAUAACCCGGGUUUAUACUGUGUUACUGACUGCACUGUGUACUGGGAUAACCCGGGUUUAUACUGUGUUACUGACCGCACUGUGUACCGGGAUAACCCGGGUUUAUACUGAGUUACUGACCGCACUGUGUACCGGGAUAACCCGGGUUUAUACUGUGUUACUGACCGCACUGUGUACCGGGAUAACCCGGGUUUAUACUGUGUUACUGAUUGCACUGUGUACCGGGAUAACCCGGGUUUAUACUGUGUUACUGACUGCACUGUGUACAGCGAUAACCCGGGUUUAUACUGACCGCACUGUGUACCGGGAUAUCCCGGGUUUAUACUGUGUUACUGACCGCACUGUGUACCGGGAUAACCCGGGUUUAUACUGAGUGCACUGUGUACCGGGAUAACCCGGGUUUAUACUGAGUGCACUGUGUACCGGGAUAACCCGGGUUUAUACUGAGUGCACUGUGUACCGGGAUAACCCGGGUUUAUACUGAGUGCACUGUGUACCGGGAUAACCCGGGUUUAUACUGUGUUACUGACCGCACUGUGUACCGGGAUAACCCGGGUUUAUACUGACCGCACUGUGUACCGUGAUAACCCGGGUUUAUACUGUGUUACUGACCGCACUGUGUACCGGGAUAACCCGGGUUUAUACUGUGUUACUGACCGCACUGUGUACUGGGAUAACCUGUGUUUAUACUGCGUUACUGACCGCACUGUGUACCGGGAUAACCCUGGUUUAUACUGUGUUACUGACCGCACUGUGUACCGGGAUAACCCGGGUUUAUACUGUGUUACUGACCGCACUGUGUACCGGGAUUACCCGGGUUUAUACUGUGUUACUGACCGCACUGUGUACCGGGAUAACCCGGGUUUAUACUGAGUUACUGAUUGCACUGUGUACCGGGAUAACCCGCGUUUAUACUGUGUUACUGACCGCACUGUGUACCGGGAUAACCCGCGUUUAUACUGUGUUACUGACCGCACUGUGUACCGGGAUAACCCGCGUUUAUACUGUGUUACUGACCGCACUGUGUACCGGGAUAACCCGGGUUUAUACUGAGUUACUGAUUGCACUGUGUGCCGGGAUAACCCGGGUUUAUACUGUUACUGACUGCACUGUGUACAGGGAUAACCCGGGUUUAUACUGUGUUACUGACCGCACUAUGUACAGCGAUAACCCGGGUUUAUACUGACUGCACUGUGUACCGGGAUAACCCGGGUUUAUACUGAGUGCACUGUGUACCGGGAUAUCCCGGGUUUAUACUGUGUUACUGACUGCACUGUGUACCGGGAUAAUCCGGGUUUAUACUGUGUACCGGGAUAACCCGGGUUUAUACUGUGUACCGGGAUAACCCGCGUUUAUACUGUGUUACUGACGCACUGUGUACCGGGAUAACCCGGGUUUAUACUGUGCACUGUGUACCGGGAUAACCCGGGUUUAUACUGUGUUACUGACUGCACUGUGUACCGGGAUAACCCGGGUUUAUACUGUGUUACUGACCGCACUGUGUACCGGGAUAACCCGGGUUUAUACUGUGUUACUGACCGCACUGUGUACCGGGAUAACCCGGGUUUAUACUGUGUUACUGACCGCACUGUGUACCGGGAUAACCCGGGUUUAUACUGAGUGCACUGUGUACCGUGAUAACCCGGGUUUAUACUGUGUUACUGACCGCACUGUGUACCGGGAUAACCCGGGUUUAUACUGUGUUACUGACCGCACUGUGUACCGGAAUAACCCGGGUUUAUACUGUGUUACUGACUGCACUGUGUACCGGGAUAACCCGGAUUUAUACUGAGUGCCCUGUGUACAGGGAUAACCCGGGUUUAUACUGUGUUGCUAACUGCACUGUGUGUGUGGGGCUGUGUACAAGGAUAACCUGUGUUUAUACUGUGUUACUGGGUCACUGUGUGUGAGAUACACCGAUGCGUGCCGCUGCCCCCUCUGACACGGCGAUGCGUGUUAUCGAACCAGAGGGAGCAAGUUUGAAUCUAAUGAAUUUACCUGAUCAAGAUGUAGUGUUAUUGAACUAUUCCACUAUAUCCUGUUUAAGGGUUAUGAUCAAUUGAGAUAGUUAAGAACACAUAGUGAUUUCAAAUCUUAGGAAAUAAUAUGACCAGAUACCUCAAUUUAGUUGGAUGAAACUGAAUAACCACAAGUUAUGGUUUGGAACUACUCGGUAAAGACUAGACCUUAGACCUUUCUAUAUUUAUUAUGCACCACAAAAUCUCAGUUAAAUACAUAUUUUUAAUGAAAAAUAUUAUAGUAAUGUGUAAAUGUUUCAACUAGACGUGGAGACAUAGUUGAGAGUGAGGAAUACAUUUAGAAGAGAGUGUAAACCUUGCAUUGUUCUAAAGCUGCUGUAAAGUGCAUAACAAUAUCUGGUACUGUCAAAUACAUCUUGUAGUUAUUAUCACUUUGCAGUAUAAAGCACCUAAAUGUAGAUUGUUGGUCUGGCAGGUUUAUUAAGCGAAAGAAAUUUGAUGACGAGUUGGUUGAGAGCAGUCUUGCGAAGUCCACAAGUCGUGCUCGUGGUCCUAGUGGAAGUGAACAAGGACGUGGUUCAGGCAGUGAGCCUUCAUCCAGUGAGAAGAAGAAGGUAGGAAACCAAGUUCUGCAUUAAAAUCUGCAAAACCAAUGCAAACAUUCAUUUAUAAUGAGAAUAUAUUAUUGGCAUCUUUAUUAAAGCCAUUUAAAAAAAAAAUGUUAUACAGGGAAUAUUUCAAGGCAAAAAGCUUAUAAUGCUGUGAAUUAAUCCCUUGAGAUGUGCUGUCUUAGCACGUCAUCUCAAAGAAAUGCAAAGUAGUCAAAUGCUGGAAACGCAUCAUGGGAGGUGUAGUCCAAAACUUCAAGUGCCGAAGGUUGCCUACGCCUGUACUAGAGUGUUCUUUUAAGUGCUUGAUAUGAUUACUGGGUUAAACAAGGAUAAGUGUUUUGGCCUUUUCAGUUGAAUCCCAUCAGAGUGCACACCACUCCUCCAUUUUUAAUUGUUUUGCUGGGGGAUGAAAAGCAAAUUGAUCAUAGUGUCUGUAGACUUUUUUUUUUUCUUUCUUGUUUCUUCAGAAAGAUUUUGACACUGAAAGGGACACUAUAGGCACCCAGACCACUUAAGUUUGUUGAAGUUGUGUGGGUGCAGUGUCUCAGGCCCAUUAACUCUGCAAAGCUAAUUACUGCAAUAAUUAGCUCUGUGGGGUUACUCCAACUCUAGUGGCUUUCUACCAGACAGCCACUAAAAGGACUUCCACCGCCGACAUCAGCGGUGGUAGGGGACCCGAGGAAGGGACGAAGAACAUCAGUGCUGGAACCAGGCAAGUGAAGGAUAUAUCUCCCUUGUGCACCAUGGGUGGGGAGGGGGACUUUGAGGCAGCUAUAGUGCCAGAAAAAAAAACUUUGUUUUCCUGGCACUAUAGAUUUUCUUUAAGUAUAUUGAGAGACAGACAGAGGUCUCAUUGUCAAAUACCAUCAUCUUUGGAGUCCUCACAGAUUUUCUCCUCCUAGAUUCAUGUCGAUGAUGUAUGGAUGCAAAGUACACUGACCCCAGGCUUGCUUCCCCUUUCUCAGGACAUGUUAAAGGGCAGUGCUUUGAGGACAGGUGUUAGUCAUGUGAGUACUUCUUCCUCCCAUCUACUUUGUUACAUACACAUCUACUUAUUGGUGGUUUUUGUGUUUGUUUUCUUACACAUAGAGUGUGUAACUUCAUUUUUUUUUUUCAAUAUAAAAUACUAUUUUAUUUAACAGUGUGUAGUGAACAACGUAAUCUGGUUUAUAUAAUAUGAUCGAGAGGACACAAAAGCACAUUAGGCAGGUGCUUUUGAUGUAUAUGCCUAUUUUAUAUAUUUUGACAUGUUAAAUUUUUUUUUUUAGAUAUUUCUUUAUUUUCAAGAUGCUUUUGAUUUAACACAUGUAGUACGAGCUGUAGGCAUAUGGUAAAAGCAUACAAGUUAUUUAUAAACGGUGAGUGAAUCAACAAUCUAAAAACAUGCAUUGCAAUAGUGAUUAAAAGCAUCCAUUUUUUUUUUUAUUUAUUUUUUUUUAAAUCCAAGCAUUUUACAUUUGUUUGGGGACAACGGGAAUGAGUUAGCUUGGUUAUGAUACUUAAUAAGGUUAUCAAGCUUGUCGUGGUCCCUAAGCAUGGUACCUAUGACAUGUUCCCUUAGGUGAUUCAGGCAUAUAUGUGGAGGCACGGACUAAGGGUACAGUGUCAAACAUGAGAUGAUAUGCUGGCAUUGGGCUAAGGAGGUGGGUGCAUAUUGCUCCAGGUAAUUAGUGGGAGGAUUAGGGGGGUAUGCAUCCAUGCUGAGAACCCCUGACCGAGAGGGGGGCAGCAGUGGAGGGGGGGAGGUUGUAUGCCAUAUGGUGAGAACUAUUUAUGUACCAGCCUAAUCAGCCCUCGCGUUUGCAGGACUCGUGCCUGUGAGCGUAGUGUACGGUGUUGCCUUAAAAACGCAAAAUACAAAAUUAAACCAACUAAGUCAGGGCUUUUUUUUAGGGGGUUUCAUCCAGCAUUUUUCAUCCAGUAGCGAGCAUCAGUCUCCCUGCCAUUCCAGUCACUUAUCACAUUGGGUUAUUGGAUUGGGAGGAAGGCUGGUUCUUAUUCGGGGCCAAGCUAAAGGAACUGAAUUGAUUUGAAUUUACCGGGCUAAAUCCUUUGUGAAAAAAACAAAACCUCAGCAUUUAGUAAUUACAAUAUUUGUUAUAGUUGCACUGCAUUUGAUUGAGAUUGCAUUAUACACUAUUUACUGUUGUGUGUCAUUUAUUUUGUAUUAUAUUUGUAGGUUGGACUUAGUUUAAGUUACGGUUUUGGAUACUGUUAUUAUAGUGAUGAGUAUACAGGAAGACUGAGAGAGACACAGACAUAUUGCAAAAGGAACAGACAGAAUGAGAGGAACCUGCAGAUCAGACCAAUGGAAGUAGACUGACAUUUUUAGAGCGGAUAAGCUUGAGAGGUGAAUGAAAAGAUGACUGCUUGAAAUAAGCAGACGGACAGUGGGAAAUGUGUAGAGAGACAAACCGAGAGGCAGGCAGACAUUAACAGAUUAAGACAGAACACAUGACAGAUUGUAGUAUCAUUUAUUUGUACUAUUAGAGUUGUUGACAUGUCUACAUAUUGAAUUUGCUUUUACCUGUAGCUUUUGCAGACCUGCUUAUACACGUAAUGGGAUUAACACUCCUAAUAUGAUAUAACCCAUGUAUUGGUACUGCUCUGUAGUACUGAGCUAGAAGCUGAUAUCUGGUUAAAUAUACCUUUAUUGUACAGAGAAAAGCAGGAUCUAUUCCUCGGGGAGGAUAGAUAGAGAUAGAUGUAUAUUAGAGAGUUGGAGAUAGAUGUGUAUAUGCAUACAUGUACACAUAUAAUCUAUAUAAACUAACUUUUCUUCUGGAAAACUCAUAGGAAUUGAGAUCAGCAGUAGGAUGUUUUAAUUCUAAAGAUCGCAUGAAACAAAUUCCGCAGUCUUUUUUUGAAUAUUGUCUCUUUCAUUUGGUACAGGUUAGUAAGACUGCACUAACUCCAGCUCCACACUCUCCUGCACCAAGUCCCAGCAUCACUAAACGCAUCAAGAAAAGCAAACAGCCCAUGCAGGUUACAAAAGACCUUGGAAGAUGGAAACCUGCUGAUGAUCUGCUACUUAUCAACACAGUGUUACAGGUUUGUUUUGAAUUUCACAUAGAGGGUUAAUCACUAGAGUCUUUGCAGCUGAAUGGCUGAAUACAUAUAUUAUAGAUAAACUGGAUUAAGAAAAACCAACACUGUUGGCUUGUCUGUUAGCCGCUCAGCUGAUGGGUGAGAAUGUGUAUACUCAUUCUGUUCACAUUUACUUUCAAUGGAAAAUAAGUCAUAUUACUAUUGGAUGUAUGCAGUCUAAAUGCCAGGAAAAUAUCUUUAUAUUUGCAUUGUGAGACAGAUUAAAGGGCUAUAUUUGUGUUUUUUUUUUUUUUUUUGUAAUAGUUCCUGAGCCUUAAAAUCCUGUUGUCUGUAUGAGCUGUGGAGUACAAUGUAACAUUGGAAUUUUCCAGGAUCUUUUGUUAACAUACUGGCAACAAAUAUAGGCCAUUUAUAUAUUGUUUUACAGACUUGGCUAUUUUGUUUUCAGACAAAUGAUCUGCAGGCGGUGCACCUUGGAGUCAAGUUUAGCUGCCGCUUCACACUAAACGAAAUCCAAGAACGCUGGUACGCUUUACUCUAUGAUCCCGUAAUCUCCAAGUGAGUUUUAAGUUUUCUGAUCAUGCUAAGAGGGGAAAAAAGGUGCAACGUUACAAGGUCUGAAACAAUCUAUUUCUUUUUAUGAAAUAUUUCAUAGGUUGUCAUGUCAAGCCAUCAGGCAGCUUCACCCAGAGGCCAUUGCUGCGAUCCAGAGCAAAGUAUUGUUCAGCAAAGCUGAGGAGCAGUUAUUGAGCACAGUGAGCUCGGUAUGUAUAUGUAUCACUAGAAGAAUCUGUUUAGAUAGUUUUCAUUGAGCCGUCAUUGAAUCCUCUAUUGUCUUCAGACAUCCCAACCUACUCUUGAGACCUUUCAGGAUUUGCUGAGCAAACAUCCAGAAGUAUUCUAUGUAUCCCGAACAGCCAAAUAUCUUCAGGUGCAUUGGCAGCUUAUGAAGCAGUACUAUCUGCUAGAGGACCAGACAGGUGUGAAUCACAUACUCCCUGAACCACUUUAAAUAUGUAGCAUAACAUCCUUUCCAUGAAUUUUCUGUAAAGGCUUGUUUUUGUUUCCCAUUAUAUUUCAGUUCAGCCACUCCCCAAAGGGGACCAGGUUCUUAACUUCUCUGAUGCUGAAGAUAUGCUUGAUGACAGCAAACUCCGGUACGCUUUUAUACAUGUGUAUUACCUUUGAAUUAUGUCAGCUAAACCGUAUUGGGUUUACAAAUCACAACAUGUCCAUGUAUACAGCGAAGUAUUAUUGUGUUGAGAGGAAAGUACAUUCCACUGUAUAGGUGUUUUAGAGCUAUUCCAUUUUCUUUCUUCUGUGUACAUCUCUUUUUGUAUUGUUAUAUUAGAUACUUACAACUGAUUUUACGUGAUUCUGAAAUUUACUCUUUUACAUCACCUACAUAUUUCAAGCCAAAGCAAAGAAUGUCAAGCUCUGACAUAGCAGAAAGGUCUUGCUUUACCUAAAAUCUCCAUUUAGGAUCAGUUUAUUUGAUGAUUUUUAUAUGGUAGUUAUUUAUAUUCAUCAUUGCUUUAGUGUUGCACUGCUUUGCUUACAUGCUGUGUAUCAGGGUUGAAUUCUGUUCUAUCUUCUUGCAGAGAUACUAGAGAUGAAGUUCUUGAACAUGGUAAGUCCUAUUUUAACUUUAUAUUUUUUUUUUCUCUUUUCUUCUGUAAAUCCGUUCUAACCCCCUGUUUAUCCUCUUUUUCUUUGUAGAACUGACUGUUGCUGACCGACGCCAGAAACGUGAGAUUCGUCAGUUGGAACAAGAGCUACAUCGAUGGCAAGUGCUAGUUGACAGCAUCACAGGUGAGUGAUUAAUUUGCUUCUAAUGGGAACUUUUAAUCCACAUUUUGUGCAAUUGGCAAAGUUUAACAAGGUAUUGAUGCCAUCUACAUAUUAUGCUGGAUAAGUUUCCACUGGUGAAAAUAUUGAAAGGUAUAUUUGUUUUCCCUACUACAAUAAUUCCUCCAGCAAUGGAUGGAGAAGCUCCACCACCAAAUGAUGCACACAGCAGGCUAUUCGUCAUAUUCUGAGGAUCUUCUGUUAUUUAUCUUUUGUUUUUGUAUGCAAUAUAUAACACCAAAACCAUGUGUUUACAUGUAAAAGUAUCACAAGAGAAUAGGACAUAUCACCACUAAAGAAAGCUUAAUUUUUUUUCCUUUCUUCCAUCUAUCAACCCUUCCGUUCCCCUCUCAUCCAUCCAUCCAUCCCACAACUACAUGUUGUUAAAUAAGCGUUUUCAAUUUUUAUGAAGAUAGAGCCCCCACUGCAAUAUUAAAAAAGCAACAUGUAUCCAUUCCAUGAGUCACCGCGUUAACAGAGCAUGAUUUUUUUUUAUUAUAAAGUAGUAGUGUUGGGGGUUUUAAAUAAACACUGAAAUCGCCUUAACUACUACAGCCCACUGAAGUGAUUAUGAUGCCUAGAGUACCCGGGCAACAUCCCAGUGUAACUUGUCAAACUGAUUUUAGUUUGACAACUUACCUUGGUCCUGCUGGGUGGCAAUGGCCACGUUCCUUUUUUCUGGGAUACUCCUGCAUUAGAAUCUGACUCUGCAUAGCCUAGAAGAGCUGGGCUGCAUCUGUGGUCCAGUUAAGAUAGAGAUUUUUAUCUCCCAAGCCAGUUUUCACAGACCUACUGUAAGAACCCUAAUUGUAUGGUUUCUGUUUUCAUGGAUUGACUAAAUUAACUUGGAGUGAUCUGAGGAAAGGCAGAACUUGUGCACAUUCAAUGGGAGCAUGCAAGAAGACAAUAUGUUCUAUGUAAUGUAACCCAGGAAAUGUUUGAAGCAAGUAGGUCUAUAGGUGUAACUGCCCCAAAAAAUUUUUUUUACCCCUACAAGAUAUGUAUGUUUAUGAUUUAUGGAAUCUAAAAUAGUAUAUUUGAUUUGGGUUAAUUAAAUAUUGAAAGGUGACUUCAGUUUGUUUUUAAAAUAAUCACAUAUUUAUAUAGAAUAUUCUAUAGUACGGUGAAUAAUCAUGCUGUCUGUUUGGUGUGUAAUAAAUAACAUGGUAUAAACACUGACCACUGAAUUUCAGUAAAUUCUAAACCAAAGUGGGAAAAUUUGACAAAAAUAGCCAAACUGACAAUAGCGGAGUUGGAGAAUUUUUAAUAAAUAAAAACAAUUGCUUCACUUUAGUGCUUGAGAUUAGUUUGCCUUUCUAUUCUAAAUCAUACAAUGAUUGAGGGAUUUACACUAUAUAUACUAAUACUUUUUUGUAAAUAAGGGUUUUGUCACCACAUAGAAAUUAUUUGCAGUUAACAAAAUAUGCAUGUAGUAAUGGUAACAAUAGUUGUUUUUAUUUUUUUUUAAAAAGCAUACAAUAACUGUGCAGACAGCCAUCCAGGGCUGAUGUAGCAUCAACGAGAAUCAGAAAAGAGAAACAAACAGAAAUUGGGACCCUUGAGUCCAAAUUUUAAGCAAUCCUUUUUUGCGUUUUAUUAAAUGUACUUUCGUUCUGUGAAUUUUAUUGAAUGUAAGCAAGAAAUAGAAUAUAUUUUGGUAAGGAAGAAUCUGCUUGAAAAAAUAUUUGGGUGAUACCUUAUGGAACUAAUGAAAAUUAUUAGAGGUAGACAACAGAAAUAUACUAAAAUGCUUUCAGCACUGAAGUGAAAGAAAGCUCUAGAGAGCCUCAGCAGUAAAUGGGUCAAACACUAGAUAUAUGUAAUUUAUAGAGAAUUCAUUCUAUCUUGCUGUUGAUUAUGGAACUCCGGUGUAGGGUGUUCUGCUGAAGCCUGUUAAAACCUGAUGCCACUGUCUGUUCCCUAGGAAUGAGCUCUCCUGAUUUCGACACUCAAACAUUAGCCGUAUUAAGAGGACGGAUGGUGCGAUACCUGAUGAGAUCCCGAGAGGUAUGAAAUUUAUGCUGUUUGCACCCGUUUGCUCCAUUAAAGGCAGUGCAAAGAUGAUAUUUUAGCAAAAGAUAAUGGAUAUAUAUGUACCAAUAAAAUGGAUUUACAAUCAAAAGGCAUGCUGAUUUAAUGAUGUGCCAGGAUCAAACUAAAAGGAAUUCACAAAAAUUAAUUUCCUGAGCUGCCUGUAACUGCAAACCUCUGUUAAACUCUUUGUGAAAAUCGCUAUAUUAAGUGUGAUGAGCCUUAUGGUUGUUGUGAAACAGCAUUUCAAAUAAAUCAGAGGUUGUAGCAGGUGUAGGAAACUGGAGUAAGGCUAAUUCUCUGGCAGGGUGCGAUCUUUUCGCAAGUGUUUUGGAAACAAUAUCAUGUUGAGGUGAUCUAAUGCCUAAUGUUUUGUGAGCAGAUCACGCUUGGCAGAGCUACGAAGGACAACCAGAUUGAUGUUGAUCUUUCAUUGGAGGGCCCUGCAUGGAAGAUAUCACGCAAACAAGGUCUGUAAUGAAGAUUUAACUUCCUAUCAUAGGGCGUUUUACAUUUCUCCUGAUGUUCAUGUGAUCCUGUAGACUAGUUCUAAGAAACCUGCAUUCUCAGGUUUCCUUUCACUUCUGUAGUAUCAGUGGAGAGCGCAUAUUUUUGUGUCCUCUAAGACAUGGCUCACAAUUUCCACUGUCCACUAGUUGUUGGCAAGUGGAAAUGCACCUGGGUAAGUGUGCAAUGGGCCCUCUAGGUUUGCAGUGGCUAAUAGCACAGGCCAUAAAAUUUUAAACUUUGCUCUGAGAGACUAAUUUGUGUUCCGACUUUUAGGAGUGAUCAAACUGAAGAACAACGGAGACUUUUUCAUAGCCAAUGAGGGCCGAAGAGCUCUUUAUAUAGAUGGACGACCUGUCCUAUCGGGGAGUAAGUGGAAGCUGAAUCAUAACUCUGUUGUGGAGGUAUGUAACUCUAGACUUUUCCUUUAAAGCUUUACUCUCCCUUAUUCAAUGUAGUUAAAUUGUAAAUGUUCAACCUUUUCUAAUACCCAUUACUUGCCGAUCCACAUGCAAAUUGCACACUUCUAGUUAUGCUUGAAAGGAAAGAAAAGCCUUCUCUAGUUGUGGUUUUGCCUUUGACCAUACAUCGACUAAAUGUACCUUUAAUCCCUGCUAUAACUAGAAAAAUGUAUCCAGUUUUUAUAUAGAAUAAAAAGAAAUCCACCAAUGUAAUGUGAUUUAGCAUUGUAAAUUUAUUUUAACUAUCAUAAAAAUAUAUUUAAAAUAAGUUUAAUGAACUUGUUUUGUGAUAAUAUACUUGAGAAGUUUGGGCAUGGGGCUUUCUUUGAUUUCCAUUGAAUAUACAUGCAUUUCACAUCAUGGCAUCACCAGGGUGAUCUCCGUAUACUUCAGUAUCUUCUUGAAGGCUCCUCAGUGGAAAGGUGUUCUUUAUUACUGUAAUUUUUUUCUAUCCUGUAAAUUUGGGUUCUUCAUUGCAUGCACUAACAAUUUUUAGAAAAGGGACGCUCUUGGCUCCAAGCCUUCUCCGACACUGGGUGUCGCGUAUCUGGCAUCUGCAGAGCUGGUCAUUAGCUGAGCACUAUCAGGCAAUGAAUGAUCCUUUGUGCAAAGUGUUGACAUUAGCCUGGCUGGAACUCUUGUUCUGGACUGGUUAAAGACAUACUAAUGAUGCUGCUGGAGGUGGAGUUAUUCCUUUGACAGCAAUAUAAAAUAUCUGUGUGUUUAAUAUGAGUUUAAUAUUGAAAAGCUGCACAUUCAGACUUCAAGCACCAUGAUCACAUCAAAUUACUGAAGUGAUCAUAGUGCUUGGAGUAACCCUUUAAAGGGACACUUUAAGCACCCAUACAACUUCAUCUCAUUGAAGUGGUCUGAGUGUACUGUUCUUGUCCCAUUAACCCUUAAACAUAUUUAUAUUCCAGGGUUAAGACUGCCAGAAAGCAGCUAGUGGCGCUUUCUGCUGUUUCAUGGAGUUUGACUCCAAUGAAAUAACGCUAGACGUCCUCCCGCUUUGCAUGAGAACGUCCAGCCUCUUCAGAUCCUCCAUUGGAUGUCCAGCGCCUUCAAAUCUAUUUAAUGCUUUCCUGUGGGGGAACGCGUGCACGGCGCUGACGUUGCGGGAGGCGGAGAUGGAACCAGCUACAAUAUAGACCUUGCCACUGGAAUAAAGGUUGUGUAAAAAGGGUUUUAACCCUUUAUUUGCUAUGGGGGAGGGGGUAGAGAAACACUUUGUAUUCCUAACACUAAAGUGUUCAUUUAAAGGACCACUCUAGGCACCCAGACCACUGCAGCUUAAUGAAGUGGUCUGGGUGCCAGGUCCAGCUAGGGUUAACCCAUUUUUUUUAUAAACAUAGUUUAAGAGAAACUGUUUAUAAAUGGGUUAAUCUAGCCCUCAAAUCCUCUGGCUGUCUCAUUGACAGCCGCUAGAGGCGCUUGCGUGAUUCUCACUGUGAAAAUCACAGUGAGAACACGCAAGCGUCCAUAGGAAAGCAUUGUAAAUGCUUUCCUAUGAGACCGGCUGAAUGCGCGCGCAGCUCUUGCCGCGCGUGCGCAUUCACCCGAAAGGGAGGAGAGGAGGUGGAGAGCUCCCCGCCCAGCGCUGGAGAAAGAGGUAAGUUUAACCCCUUUCCUCUCCCCAGAGCCUUUGGACUAUAAUGUAAUCUUAAAUAAAAAAAAUAACGAUCUUAAGAUUAUUUUUUUUCCUCCAGCCCAUUUUAAUAAACGAAAUAUGGAUUCAAUUAAAUAAAUCUUUAUUAAAAAAAAAAAAAAAAAAAUCAUCUUAUGAUGCCUUUAUUUCCUGUCCAGUCUCACACACAGACAUUGAAGGAGCUGGGACAGCAAUGAGUUUUACAGCUGUUAUCAAGCAUAGGAGGCUGCUUAGACUACGGAGAACAAUGACCAAGAUCCCCGAUUCUUAUCUCCCCUCACCAACCCACACAAGCUCCAAACCGGCAAAUUAUAUUAAAUGUCUCUAUAGGCUGGUACCUAUUCUGCCUAUUGGGAAAUCCUGCCCUAGAUAUACAACUGUUUGCACAUUUUUUUAAUUUUUUUAUUAAUAAACUAGAUUUUGAGUGGGCCCCAAAAAAGUAUUUUUACCAUCCAGCAAAAUACAUGUAUUUUAUAUACAUCAUGUAUUUAGGAGUUUAACAUGUCAAAUAUAUAAGGCAAGUAUAUAUUAGUUACAUAUCUCAUGAGAGUUGAUACUGCUAAUGGAUUGUUUAACUAAAGAACAAUAUAUAUUUCCAUUACAUCCCCACAGCAGUGUUAUCAGGAGUUCUCUUAUGUUGCCUUAGUAAGACUAGUGAAAGGGAAUUUUCAUUUAAGUAAAAUUCAGUAUAUUGUGUUCCCAUGGCAACAAAUAUAUAACAGUUUAACAAAGCAGUAAGUAAAUAUAGCAUUGUUUGCGUACAUUAAUGUAAAUAUCUAAUAAUCUAUCACUGGUUGAAAGUACACAAAUUCAUUGUUAUCUGGGACUGUAUCUUGUGUACUUACCACGUAAUUCUGCUUGCCGACAUUAUAUUGAUAAAUAAUGUAACCAAGUUAAACACAUUACUGUUGUGCAAGCAUAAUUAAUAUGUUGCUCCACUUAGAGACCAGCUUUCUUAACUUUUUUUUCCCUUAAUAGAUUGUGAUGCUUUAUUAUUGGCAUUGUGUUUUUUUGUUUUUUUGUAUGCUCACUUUAAGGAACACUUUAGAAUUGGUAAUACAUGUUUGUAUUCCUAACACUAUAGUGCUGGAGUGGCUGUUUCUUCUCUCUGUGGAAUUAAAAGGUUUAAAACUUACCUUUUUGUUCCUUCGCCGUGGCUGGCCCCGCCUAAAUGGCUGAGAUCAUCAAAUGUUAAUCUCAACCAAUCCAAUGCUUUUCCAUAGGCAAGCAUUUGGAAGCUAUUGAGCUUGUCAGCAUCUCCUCAAAGAAAUGCAUUGAAUCAGUGCAUCUCUAUGGGGAACUUGCAGGGUCUCCAUGCAGACCGUGGAACUGCUUAAUGAUGAUACUGCACAGUGUGCAGCACCGAGAUAUUAAGCACCUCUAGUGGCUGUCUGAGCGACGGGCACUAGAAGUAUUACUAGGCAGCAAUGUAAACCCUGCCUGCAGAAACAUGCUAUAUACACCAGCACCACUACAUUUAAGUUGUAGUUGUUCUUGUGACUAUGGUUUCUAUUUAACUUGUAUUGUCUUGAGUCCAGAGUAGUGGUAAUUGUCUUCCUUUUACUGCCACAUAAUCUGGUGAAAUGUAUAAAAACCAAAAACCUUUGCCCAGACUCUGUUCCGGGCUGCCACAUGUCAAUUCUGCACAUAAAAUAUAUCCGACCACUGUGUAAAUGAGAUCAGGUUUUAAGCAGUCCUGAAAUAUUUUUUAAUUAAAGGUACCUUAGUGCUGCUGUCAACGUCAGUUCAUGUUGCUUGAUCAGUGGUACAAUACAGAAUGCAAAAUACAGGAACAAAAUGAGAGCAGUGUUUAUUGUACCUCUCUGUCAUUCAACUAAAUCACUAUUGUAGCACUUUGUGCACACGGCAUUUCCUUGUCGCGCAGCUUUCAUUGUUUCCUGUAUUUUGCAUAAAAUAAAUCAGUUCUAAGCGAUGGACUUAUUGAGUUUCCCUUUGCAGGUCAAGCCAGCAGGGUGAAACCUCUUCAUUCCUUCCUGUUUACAGCUAUCCCCACCUACCCAACAAGUGAAUUUUUAAAAAUUAUAUCCCUCCCUCCAAACUCCCCCCUCCAUUUUAAAAAAAUAAAUGCAUUUUAAAGGGUUGUUCUAGUAAAUAAUAGUUAAUAUGAAAGUGGAUAAGUGACAGUUUGUCGAUCCAAAGAAAAACCCAAUUGUGCAUUUGGAAUUGAAGGUGUUUUAUUUUUUUUCCCAAUAUAGUUUUUAUUAGGAUUUUGUUUCAUCGUUUACAAAGAACUGAACAGUGGGUGAUAUAUGGCAUCACAAGAAUACAAAUGGUUUUGGUUACAAAGGUAACAAGUAUAACAUAUAGUACAGUAACAAGUAAAUGUAUACAAAAGUUCCUAUACAUCGUUUGGUUGUAUGAGGGAGUAUACACAGUUGCGAUAUUGUUUAAUACACUCAUUGUGCGUCCGGUACAUUAUCUUCUUGCUUGUCAUGGGCAUCUAUUCCAUUUGUCGUCACGAGCUGUGGGUGUCUGUCACAUAGCUCUUACUGGUUGUUGUCGUGUAAAGUUACCCAGGGGGGCCCAAGUUGUGUGAAAUAUUUGUGCUGUUUUUGCGUCUGGGGCGGCCAUACGCUCGUAUGUGUAGUAUUGUUGUAUUUUGUCCCAUAAUUUGGCUUUGUUUGGGCAGAAUGUGGAUUUCCAAUUGCAGGCUUAUCAAGUUACGAGCUGCCAAAAUGGUGAUUGCACUCAAUUGUUUGUGUGCAUAUUCGAAUGAUGGGGGGAAACGCAUAAGUAGGAAUAGUUCAGGGGUGUUCCUGGUGUGUGGAACCGUGAGGGCACUUAAUGUGUUUUGUACUUCUACCCAGAGGGGUUGGAUGUUGGGGCAUGACCACCAAAUGUGUGUGUGCGUGCCUUUCUCUGCUGAGCACCUCCAGCAAAGGAAGGUGUAUUGGGAUAAAUUUUGUGGAGAGUGCAUGGAGUUAAAUGCCGUCUGUACAGCGAUUUUUCUAUGUGCUUCUAUAUGGGUGUAGCACUUAGUCCAUUUAGAUAUGUCAUUCAGUGCGUGGAUCCAUUCGUCUUCUGUGAGUUGGAUAGCGCAUUCUGUUUCCCACAUUGUUUUGCAGUGCGGUGAAGUGUUGGUUAGGGUAUCAUCCCAGGCCUUAUAGCAUAGGGAAAUAUUUUUCUUUUUCAUAGGGCCUUUCCAGCAUCUUUCUAUUAUUGCUUUUGCUGAGGAGAGGCUUGGGCUAAGGUUUUGUUGUCUGUUUACGUGUGUGUUGAUGAUCCAUCUUAGUUGUAGGUAUGUGAAAAUAGUGUUUGCUGGUAAUUCCCAUUUCUGUUGUAUGUCCGUGAAGGUCAUUACUUCUUGUGAGUGCAAUAAUUGGUGAAUAUGCCUAAUACCUGCGUGUACCCAUGUCUGGAUACGCAUGUCUGGAUACGCAUGUCUGGUGAUAUGGCCCUUAGUGCGGUUAGUGGUGCGUUGGGGUGAAAUGUUUCUUUGGCUCCUACUGUAUCUAGGAAUGUUGACCAAAUGUGGACGGUCAGUGCCGUGGUAGGGAAUAGGUUUGGCUUGUUUGGCCUAUGUUUCCUCGGCGUCCAUAGGAAGUCGAGUGUUGUGUUUUUGUCCAGUUGGGCUCUUUCCAUGUCCACCCAUUGAAUGUUACCCUUUUCUGAAUGUAUCAGUGUGCCUGAUGCCAACAUUGUGGCUUUGUAAUACUGUCCUAUGUCGGGUAGCCCCACUCCUCCGUUUUUUGGAUGUUUGUAGAGUAAGGUGCGGGAUAUGCGUGGUUUUUUGUUUCCUCCAUAUGAAUGAGCUGCAGAUGUUUUGCAGGGAGUUGAGGAGUGUUUGUGGGGCCUGGAUUGGAAGCAUUCUGAAUAUGUAGAGUAUCUUAGGCAGUAACAUCAUCUUGUAUGCGUUGAUUUUUUCCUAGCCAUGAGAUGUGCGUUUGAUACCAUUUUUGUAUAUCUCUUUUGCAUUGUUGGGGGAGUGUGAGGUGAUUUAAUUUCAGGAUUAAACUGCGCGAUUUUUACGCCUAGGUAAGUUAGUGAUGUCGUUCUCCAGUCAAAGGGGUAGUUGUCUUUCAGUAUUGUUUUGGUGGCUAAGGGAAGCCCAACAGGGAGGGCCUGGGUUUUAUCUUGAUUCAGGCGAUAAUGGGAGAUGUCGCCGAAUGUUUUCAGGGUUUCCAUGAGGGGUGGUAGAGAUCGCUGGGGGUUCCCUAAUGUUAUCAAAAUGUCAUCGGCGAACAGCGCCAAUUUGUAUUCCUGUCCUAAACUUGUGAUUCCAUUUAUGUUGGGAUCUGUGCGUAUUUUUUGGGCCAACGGUUCGAGAGAUAGGAUGUAAAGGAGGGCGGAUAGGGAGCAUCUCUGACGCGUCCCAUUUGUGAUAGCGAAUGGACUAGAUAUGAAGCCACCGUGAGCCACUUUGGCUGCUGAUGUUGUGUAAAGUGCCAUGACUCCCCUGAUAAAUUCAACAGGGAAUCCAUAUUUGGAAAGCACUUGCUGCAUGUAUGCCCAGUUGAGUUGGUCGAAGGCCUUCUCCGCAUCUAGUGCUAGGAGGAGACCUCCAACCGAAUCUCUUCCCAUUGUGGUCAGUAUGUUGAGAGUUUUUCGGGUGUUGUCUGAGCCCUGACAAACCCGGAUUGGUCGUUGUGUAUCAAUUUUGCUAUUAUCGGUGCUAAUCUGUUGCUUAAUAUUUUUUGCAUAUAGUUUGGCGUCGCUGUUUAGGAGAGAUAUUGGUCUAAAGUUUUUGCAGGGGGUUUACCGGGUUUGGGUAGAGUGGAGAUGUGGGCUAACAGUAAUUCUGUUGGUAGAGUUCCUGUGUCGCUGCAGUGUUGGUAUAAGUUCAGGAGGUGUGGUGUUAUUGAUGUAGAUUAAUUUAGAAAUAAACAAAAAUGUUUAAAAGUCUAUCUGUUCCUGUCCAAAUCUGAGAUGAAUAAAUUGCGUAUACGCAGAAGUAAGUUCACACUGACACAUGCAGUUCAGGUUAAAAACACUUCAGGAAAUUUAUUAGCAUCUAGUUAAAAAGCGGGCACGCAGGCCUUUUUAUAUGCAAAAUGACAUCAUCAUUGAAUAUCAGAUAAUAACAAAUAAACAUCAUUAAUUGGGUUAAAUGUUAAGUGGCUAUGUCAGUGUCCACCCAUUAAUAUUAUUAAUUGGCUCAGAGAUUUGAGUGACUAGUGAGGCACCCUCCCAUCAUGGGAUGUCGUCGCCAUUGCUCUUUAGCACGAGGCUUACUCGGUGGAAAGGGGGGCUUGGGCGUCAUUUUACGUAGUUAGUGAUGUCAGUCUCGUGGUCUGUUCCAAGGUUCUUUUAUGAAUAGAACAUUUCAUUUUGUCACUGUUCUCCUGGCCUUGGAUUAUACUAUGUUGCAAGUCAACGGAGAUCCGCUAACUCCGGGGCUAGUUAUGUCCUUAGAGAGAGAAAAUACAAUCUCUUAUUCAUUAUACUGAAUACUGUCAGGAAAUUCUGUCAUGUAAGGUGAACAAAAUGGAGAAUUCUGUCAUAGUGUGAGAUUAAAAUGGAGUUAGUACAAUAAUUCAAUACAGGUUCUAAUAAAGAUUUUAAUAAUUCUACAUCAGUAUGUGUUGGGAGAAUUCUUUAUAGUAUCUGUUUGGGAGACCAUCAAGAAUUUUAGUGGCAUAUUGCUUGUCUUUAUGGUGAUAUUUGUGUAUACGCCUAUGUACCUUCUCCAAUAAAGGAGUAUUUUGGGUGUUCUAUAUUGUUACCGAGACUGUGAGAAGUAACUUUGUUGGGUACGGGGAUAGAGUUGGGGUAAAACUAUGUACACUUGCCCGUUAGCCAAUAGGGCCUGAUGCAACAGUGUGCAGACGGGUAUUUGAAGGCUCACUGGUGGGCCGGUUUUGGGGGUUAGUGGUAGCUUGGUGUGAGAUAAAUUGGUACUUUUUAAGUGAGAGAGGUGAUUAUAGUUGUAAUGUUAACAAUCGUAGUCUAAACAAUAGCAGUUGUAACAAUCUAAGUUUAAGCAGUGUGAGUAUUCCGCCAUUUGUGGGCCUAUGCUAAGGGGCCACUUGCACGGUAUAAUUACCCUCUUUUUUUUUUUUUCUUUCUUUGGUUUUUGUACAUUGGAUCAUGUAACCCAGUUAAAUAGCAAUACAACAACAUUAAUGCAAGUGCAAUGUGUUACGUGUUUUGGAGCGGAGUAGGGUGAUGUUCAAGGCUGGUAUUUUCUGCGGCCUUGAGGAGCAUUGCUGAUCCACGGGACUUGUUGCCAGUCUCUCGCCAUUUUGCGCGGUGGCGGUGUAUCAGUCUUUUGUUUUUCACUCUGCGGAGCAGCGAUAGGAAUGUUCCAGUCUUCCAGAAUCUGUAUGCCGUCUUCAGGCGUGAGGAUUGCGCGGUCUGCUCCGUUGCGUUUGACGAGCAGUUUGGUUGGAAAUCCCCAUUUGUAUAAGAUGUUGGCAUUUCUGAGGGCUGUCGUGAUCGGUGUGAAUGAGCGUCUUCUGUUCAUUGUGGCUGCUGAGAGGUCGAUAAACAGUUUUAUGUCCGUGUAUUCUUCUGGGAGAGAUGAAUUAAGUCUUGAUGUUUGCAUUAUUUGGUCUUUGACCGUGAAAUAGUGGAUUCUGGUUAUGACGUCACUUGAUAUAGUUGUGGGCAGAUGUCGUGGCUUGGGUAGCCUGUGGGUUCUAUCCAAGCGAAGAUCUGCAUCUGUUAAUGAUUGGAUUAGAGAUUUGAACAACUUCUGUACGUAGUGUGUGAGAUCUUGUGGACCUAUAUUUUCAGGUAUUCUACGUAUCCUUAUGUUGUUCCGUCUGUCUCUAUCCUCGUUAUCUGCAAUUUUUCCUUCCAGGUAUUUAACUUUGUUUUCCAGUGCUGUGUGUGCAUCUGCUAGCUCAUUGUGGACUGUUAGGAUACCCUCAGUCUUUUCUUCUAGGUGGGCUGUUCUGUCCCCUAUUACUUGUAUGUCAGCUCUAAUGUCUGCUGCUAUGCGUUGGAGGUCUGAGAAUAAGGCUGAUUUUAGUUUGUCAAGCAUGGUACUCACUGAGGCAUUUGUGGCAGGGAUGGAGGCUUCACUGCUGUGGUAGUUUUGGGUGUCUUCUGCUUCUGCCUCAUAUGUGGGUGAACCAUGCGUUCCGGCGCCAUCUUGGUCGCAUGAGUGCUCCGUUUGUUGCGAGCUUAGAUGUGAGUCGAUCGUUUUCUGUUUUAGUUUCUUGGAGGAUUUCAUUGCCAUUGUGUUCAGGGUAGGGCUGGAGUUUAAAUGGGCUGUUUUUGGUGGCAGAAUUGCUGUGUUCCACGCUGUGGGGCCCACUAUUUCGGCGGAGCUCUCUUUCUAUGCGACUGCUUCCAUGUGGUCAGUGGCCACGCCCCCGAAUUGAAGGUGUUUUAUUUAUUUGGGGACGGGGGGGACGGGUGGUGGUGAUUAGAAGCAGAACCAAAUAUCUUUUUGGGGGUUUUUUUUUUUGUUUUUGUUUUUUUAUUUUUCCUUUUACUUUAACCUAGAUUAUUAUGUAGCCAACUGAAGCUGUUAGCUUCUCCAUUAAUAUGACAAAACAUAACUACAAACAGGGCUAGGGAUUUAAAGACUGCAUGGAGUAAGUGUAUUUAGUGAGAGUUUAUAUUCAUUUUUCCGGCAUAUAUCAUAGUCACAGCAUCUGAAUUAGGCUAAUCCAUUGUAUUGAAUAGGCUGUACUAAAUGUUUACCCGGUGCCUCUGUGAAUGGCACAAAUGCUACAUCUAUCAUUUAAUGAUAUCUUUCUUCCCCAGAUAUCUGGACUCCGUUUUGUGUUCCUUAUCAAUCAGGAACUCAUUGCUUUAAUUAAAGCAGAAGCUGCUAAAAUGAUCCAACAAUGAACAGUAUGACAUCUGGAGGCAUUAAGAGAUGCUUGAGUUGGCGUGGGCAUUUAGAAGCUCUAUUUUAUUUGAGACUGUUCCUUGGUCCAACUUGUUUGGAAAAUAGAGAGUGACUUUCAAGACAACAGAAGAAAGAACUGCUGUUACCAAGGCAGUGUUUGGAGCACAUUAUUUUUCAGACUGCAAGUAAUGUAUAUCGCAGGGUUUUUUCAGCUAAUAUCUGCCUUCAUUUUGUUACGUACAUAGUUAAGAAAUAUUUGUUUAUUAAAUUAAUUGUGCUUUGUAAACAAAAUCACUUGUGAUUUGUCGGUGGAUCAAUUCCAUAAACCCUAGUAGCAACAUUUCCGAAGUGCAGUCAUGAGGAUGUUUUUUAUUUUUUAAAUAAGAAAUACAACCAUUCAAAUGGAAAUAGUUUUAUUUAUCAAAAUAACAAGGUAAGUUCCUUGGACAAAAGCCAGUCAUAGAGAGAUGCUGCCUGCACUUAGUUCCUUGGAGAGAUGCUACCUGCAUGCAUAGUAAGAAACACAUUUUUGUUGCAGGACCCACAUUUCCAGGUACAAUAUAUAAAUGCAAUAAAAAUUAAUGAAACUGCUAAAGAAAUAAGUGGAUGUGAAUAUGGAAGCAUGUGUUUACCUUGUUUAUGAAUGGAGUCUGCCCCUUUCCUGAUUUUUCAGUUGGAGCAAAUUGUUCAAAAGUCUGGACCCUAUUCUGUAGGCCCCCUCGCACUCUCCCCCAGUAAUUUGUAUUAUCUAAACAUUAUAACCCCAUGUACACUAAAUUAAUAUUGACUAAUUUUAAACUAUUCAUGCAAUAACGUGCUAAAUGUAACAAAUGUCAAAAUGUCUCUCGUGCAUUUGUUUUUAAUAAAUUUCUCAGUGCAUAUAUAUAUAUAUAUAUAUAUAUAUAGCUUUCCACACUAAAGACUACAACAUAAAAGUGCAUGAUCUUUUUACACCAUGCACCCAGUUGAUUUAAAAAAAAAUCAUCCCAACAUGAAGUAAAUUAUUACAAAUCAUGCUGGGGAUUCUUAAGGUAUAUUAUAAUAAAGAAAUCAAACAAAUUCUACAAACUGCUUGAUGUCACGGUGCGCUUAGCUUACUUGCAUCUAGAGAAAAGAAUGCAUUAAUGUUCUGCUGCAGAUAGAAGGAUCCCACAAAACAUAAUUAGUUGCUCCAAUCAGUGACCUAUCCCUAGGAAUGCUAAAAAAGUGCACUGGACAUGCUAAGAGAUCUCUUCACCUUGCAAAAUUCUGACUGGGAAGAGAGUCUGAUCAGUGUGAUUAUGCAGAGCAGGCUCUGUUGUCUGGAUUCUAUCUCCUUCUGCUGCACAAUGAUGCCCUGUUUCUGUCAUUAGUGGAAUACUCAAAGUGUGAGGUGGGUUGAAGAAACUCUUAGCAGAGAGGCAUGCCCAAUAAUGUAAUCUGGUCAAGUUUAUAAACUUAUUACAUACUUUUUAUUUUAUUUUUGUAUUUGUUUAAAAUGUUUGGUUUAAAAAAAAUCAGGUGACACAUGUCCCUUUUAAAGUACAUAUUCUGUUUAAAUAUAUGUUGACUUCUUGGAUUCCCUUGACUUGCAACUCCCAUGUAGAUUAUGAAGAUGUUUGUAUGAGCCUGCUAAUCUGCCCACUCAUACUUGAUUUGCUUAACUGUGAAUCACAAAACUGACAAGGAAACUAUAUAUUUUACACAAACUUAAGUCCUGCGCUGAAACUCGCACUACUUCUGGGCGGCAGCAACUACCAUAGCACACAUCAGCCCCAAUACAUACAAUAAAAACCAAAGAGAAAACAAACUUUAAAAAAAAUAAAAUGUAUUUUAAACCAAAAUAAUGGAGAUGGAAAAUUGUCCACUAUUUCUGGUCUAAACAAUAACUGCAAAUGAGACUGGAAUAAACCUUAAAGGACAAAAAGGAACUUGCACAACUUUCACACAUAUUAAAAUUUGAGAUAAAGGAACAUGUUUGGCUGAAUAUAAAUCAUACGUCUAGCCUUAGUAGGAUGUAAUUCUUUUCCAUGCAAAGUAGUGUUCACAUGCCUGUGUAGUUUUAGUGAUGCAAUGGUGUGCUUGUCAUCUGCAACGUGUAACCAGACUUCCUUAGGCUAUGAGCUAAAAAUCCAAAGUGGUUUCAAAACAGUAUUUGCUGUAAGAAACAACUCCAUACAGUCCUGCUCUAUCACUGCUGUUCUGGAUAAUACAGCAAUCUACUUGGGAAAGAUUAACAAUCCUUUUAACAGAACAGCAAACACAGGUCGUGGCACAAAGCAAGUUUGCAUAAACUUUUGGACUGGUAUUUUUUUUAUUACCUCAUCAGAUUAUAGUGUAAUGCAUAAAAGUACCAAAUUAAGUUGAUAAUCCUACACAUCAGUCCAAGACACAAAUUAUUUGGUAAUAGAUGUAGUAUAUAGAAAGAGCUUGUUUGAUCCAAUGCAGGAAUAUUGUGUCUCCUAAAUUUAACAGCUGUAUUACCAGAAAAGGAAAUAUGUAUGUUAAAACGGAUUUGUUUAUUGGUGUGGUAUAUUGUUUGCUUAGUUCCAGAUUCACAGAAUCCCUUAUCCAUUUUGACAUAACUUGUAUUCUUAGUCACUGGUUUGUGUAAUUCAUCCAUAUUUUGAUAUAUGGAAUGACUUUUUCUGAUGCCACUCUCUAAUACAAUUUUGAAUUAAAGCAUACCAUUUGAGAAUAAAAUAGGCCCUAUCAUGCUGACAACCCUAUUUGUCUUUUGACAAUUAUGUCCAUGUUCUGCUAGCAAACAUCUAAAUCUAGUUCUAUUUAGUGAACAUCCCACACAUGUACAUUUAAACAUUCUAUCCAAGCAUGGUAUGUUCAUACAUAAGUCGCUUUAAAAAGUCUGAAUCAUAACAGUGGUGUAAUAUAGUUACCUUACAAUGCAAGAAACAUUUGCCUGCAGAAAAAUCUAGCUAGUAAAGAAAGAUCUGGUGUGUGUGUGUGUGUGUGUGUGUGUGUAUGUAUGUAUGUGUGUAUAUAUAUAUAUAUAUAUAUAUAUAUAUAAUUUAAUUUUUUGUUCAUCAAAAGGCUCAUUCUUAUACAGAUCCAAAAUUCAGCAAUAAAAUGUAAAAAAGGAAAAAAUACCCCAACAAACGUUUUUGAAGACAUUUCUGAAAUAGUGUUAUAUUGAUAAUGUGGCCAUUUUGAUUAUCAUCCCUGAAGCUCACAUAGUCUUUGUGGAGAGAGGAAUAUGGAUAUCCUACUUUAUUAUACCCCAGUUCCUUCCUCCCUAGGCCAGCAGCCUGGGUCAUUGUCACCAGCUCCUUUGUAGGGAAGAAUGAAUUGCAUUUCCAGGGAGUGGGGAUCAGAGGUGGCAGAGUCUCUCUUGAUCGCUACAUCAGGUGUCUCAUCUAUGUCCAUUGUUGAUGAGCCUGACUGACUCUUGUCUCUCUGUUCGUGUCCUGUGCAAUGCAGCCAUAGAGGGGUAGGAGGUGCCCAAAGCCAGGAAAAAUGUCCCUCUGUGCAUGUAGAAGAGUUAUGUAUAUAACAGAGCUGAGAAGUCUUUUCUAACCUUUGAGGGUGGUAAAGUGGGGGGCAGGUACUUGUUCCAUCUACUGGAGAUUGUGGACUGUUACCACAAUGUGUGUGCAAGUCUCCUCCAUGGAAGCACGAUGAAGGAUUGCAAGGCAUAAGAGACAAGUGUACUGCUUGACGGAGAGAAUGCAAG